CACGUAUUUGGGCGAGCGGCCGGAGGCGAGGGCGCGAGGGCGCGAUGGCGCGCAGCGCUGGGGGUGCCCGGCGCCCGUGCGUCCUGCUGCUUCUGAUCUGCUUUAACUUUGGAGAUGGACUUCAUUUAGAGAUCUUCAACACAAGAAAUGAAAAUAAGCUGCUUCCUAAACACACUUACUUAGUGCGGCAAAAGAGGGCCUGGAUCACCGCCCCCGUGGCUCUUCGGGAAGGAGAGGAUUUAUCCAAGAAGAACCCAAUUGCCCAGAUACAUUCUGAUACUGCAGAAGAAAGAGGCAUAAAAGUUACAUACAGAUACACUGGAAAAGGAAUUACAGAGCCACCUUUUGGUGUGUUUGUAUUUAAUAAAGACACUGGAGAUUUGAACGUUACCAGCAUUCUUGAUCGAGAAGAAACGCCAUUUUUUCUGCUAGUGGGUUAUGCUUUGGAUGUAAAUGGAAACAACGUGGAAAAACCAUUAGAACUACGAAUUAAAGUCCUUGAUAUCAAUGACAAUGAGCCAGUGUUCACACAGGAUGUCUUUGUUGGGUCUGUUGAAGAGUUGUGUGCAAGAGGUACACUCGUGAUGAAAAUCAAUGCAACAGAUGCAGAUGAGCCCAAUACUCUGAAUUCUAAAAUUUCCUAUAGAAUCGUAUCUCAGGAGCCUGCUUCUCUCCCAGUGUUCUACCUAAAUAAAGAUACAGGAGAGAUUUAUACAAGUAUUACCUUGGACCGAGAGGAACACAGCAGCUAUUCUUUGACAGUAGAAGCAAGAGAUGGCAACGGACAAAUAACAAGUAGACCAGCAAAACAAGCUCAAGUUCAGAUUCAGAUUUUGGAUGUCAAUGACAAUAUACCUAGAGUGGAAAAUGAAGUGUACGAAGGGUCUGUUCAAGAAAAUCAAGCCAAUGUAGAAGUUAUGCGCAUAAAAGUGUUCGAUGCAGAUGAAAUAGGCUCUGAUAAUUGGUUAGCAAAUUUUACAUUUGCAUCCGGAAAUGAAGGGGGUUAUUUUCACAUAGAAACUGAUGCCGUAACUAAUGAAGGAAUUGUGACUCUUAUUAAGGAAGUAGAUUAUGAAGAAAUGAAGACUCUUGACUUCAGUGUUAUUGUCACUAAUAAAGCAGCUUUUCACAAAUCGGUUAUGAAUAAAUACAAGCCUACACCCGUACCCGUCAAAGUCACAGUGAAAAACGUGCAGGAAGGCAUUUAUUUUAAAAGCAGCACCAUCUCUGUUCAAGUCAGCGAGGGCAUGGAUCAAUCAAGCAAAGGCAGGAUAAUUGGAAAAUUUCAAGCUUUUGAUGAAGACACUGGACAAUUAGCCCAUGUAAAAUAUAUAAAAUAUGAAGAUAUAGAUGAUUGGAUCUCUAUAGAUUCUGUCACAUCUGAAAUCAAACUUGUAAAAAUUCCUGAUUUUGAAUCCAGAUAUGUCCAAAAUGGCACAUACACUGCGAAGAUUUUGGCUAUAACAGAAGACUAUCCUAGAAAAACCAUCACUGGCACCAUUCGUGUCAUGGUUGAAGACAUCAAUGAUAAUUGUCCUAGACUGGUGAACCCAGUGCAGAGUGUCUGUGAUGAGACACCCUAUGUGAACGUUACUGCUGAAGACCUGGACGGACACCAAAAUAGUGAGCCUUUCAGUUUCUCUGUCAUUGAUGAACCACCUGGAAUGGCAGAAAAAUGGAAAAUAGUACAACGAAAAGGUACCAGUGUGCUGCUGCAACAAAGGGAACAAAAGCUUGGGCAAAGUGAAAUCAAAUUCUUGAUUAAAGAUACAAAAGGCUUCAGUUGCCCUGAAAAGCAGACCCUUCAGCUCACUGUCUGUAAGUGUCUGGAUGGCAGUGGCUGUGUGGGAGGCCUGCAUGACUCCUACAUUGGCCUGGGACCCGCAGCAGUUGCAAUAAUGAUUUUGGCCCUUCUGCUCUUGCUACUUGUACCACUCUUACUGCUGGUGUGCCAUUGUGGAGAGGGAACCAAAGGCUUUGCCCCCAUACCUGGUACUAUAGAGAUGCUGCACCCUUGGAAUAAUGAAGGGGCACCACCUGAAGACAAGAUAGUGCCAUCGCUUGUGGUAGCAGAUCACGGGGCGUGUCCAGGAGUGGGAAGUGGAACAGGGGCUACAUUAACCAAGGACAUCACCGUGAAAGGGAGUAGCUCUGCUUCCAUUUCCAGAGGGCUACAUGAGAUGUCUGAGGUGGAUGCAAGAUGGGAAGAACACAGAAGCCUUCUUUCUGGUGGGGCUACCCAGGUCACAAGGCUGCCAGGAGCCAUCCUAGGCACCGAGACCAUAAGGACUACAAGAGCUACAGAGGUUACCAGAGACACAGCUGGAGCUCAAGCUGCUGCCACUGCAGUGACCGAAGAGUUCUUAAGGAAUUACUUCACUGAAAAAGCUGCCUCUUUCACUGAAGACAGUGACAGUCACACAGCCAAAGAUUGCCUUCUGGUUUAUUCUCAGGAAGAAACUGAGUCUCUCCAUGGUUCCAUUGGCUGUUGCAGUUUUAUUGAAGGAGAGCCAGAUGACCGCUUCUUAGAUGAUUUGGGAUUUAAAUUCAAGACACUAGCUGAAGUUUGCACAGGUCAAAAAAUAGAUAUGGGUAUGGAAAUUGAGGAGAGGCAAAAACCUGUGACAGAAACAAGUAAGAGCACGGCUUCACGUUCACACCAUGAGCAAACCAUGGUUAAUGCAGAAAAUACCUACUCCUCUGGCAGUAGCUUUCAAGUGUCAGAACCUUUGCAUGAAGCAAAAGCUGAGAAAGUAACUCAGGAACUAGUCGCUGAAAGGUCCAUAUCUUCUAGGCAGGGUCAAACGGUACCCACACCUCUUCCUGAUCCAUUGGUUCCUAGUAAUAUUGUAGUGACAGAAACGUCCUAUGCCACAGGCUCCACCAUCCAACCAAGCACUGCGAUCCUAGGUUCUAGACAGCCACAGGGCCUUAUCGUGACAGAGAGGGUGUAUGCGCCAGCAUCUACUUUGGUAGAUCAGCAUUUUGGCAAUGAAAGUGAUGUCUUGGUCACUGAACGAGUAAUACAGCCUAAUGAGGGUGUAUUGAAUCCUCUCGAAGUCCCUCAGCAUCUACCAAAUGCACAUUAUGUCAUGGUGAGGGAACGAGAGAGGGUCCUGGCCCCCAGCUCGAGUGUGCAGCCACCUCUGGCCAUGCCUGAUAUAGCAGUGGGGCAGAAUGUGACAGUGACCGAAAGAGUGCUUACACCUGCUUCCACUCUGUAAUCCAGUAACCAAGUUCCUGCUGAAACUUCUUCAAUGGCUAGAAAAACCAUGGUUUCUGGAGCUAGUGUCACUGGCCCGGUGCCAAAUUUUGGUUUAGAGGCGCCUGCUCAUUCUAACUCAACCGUAACCACAUCUUCCACCAGAGUCACCAAGCAGAGCACUGUACAACAUUCUUACUCCUAAACAGCGGUCAACCACAACCUGGCCCACAGUUUAAUAAGCCACUCCUGGUUUCAUGUUUUCAAUGUACCCGACUUUUCAUGACCUUGACAGAUACACGAGACACAUAAAUAUUGGGCUCAGAAUUUUUCUCAUCCAAUACUAGGUAAAGGACCACACUCUCUGUUUCCAGGAGUGUAUUUUAGACAUGCCCCAUGAUUUACAGAGGCCAUAGUGGUGAUGCUGCAUAAGUAUCUUCUAAUGAGUUAUGGCCAAAUACUAUUCACCAGGAAAGUUAACAGAUGGCUAAUCUGGUUUCUAAGAAUUUUUAACCAAAUUAGCAGAGUAUCCAGUCCAUCAUCUAUCCUGUAGAACAACCCACGAAACUGAUUGGGCCUCUUUGGACACCAUGUCAACAUUUAACAUUGUUGUUCUGUACUGUGUACUGUACUACACCUAGUAAAUUAUCAACAACUCAUUUAUUCAAAGAUACCUACAUCAGCCUGGGCUAUCUAUUUUGUUGGUUGGUUUCCUUUAAAGCAGACCCCUCUUAAUCUAUGUGAGGUUGAUUGGAUUUUGGAGUGCUGACAUGGUAAGAACACACAUUGCGUGUUUCUGUGCAUGCGUGCGUGUGUGUUGUGUGGCCUUAAAAAUAGCAUCGUACCUUUUCCUUGCCUUUCAACAUAUAUAAAAAUAUUGAACACUUCAAAUUCUGUUGCAUAACAUAUUUUUACACAAAUAACAUGCGCAUUCUGUGAUUGUUUGCUAGCUGCUCCCUUCCCCCCAUGAGGUAUUUUUGUAAUUUUUUUUUUACAAGAACAUGUAAAAAAAGAAAAAAAAUUGGCAUAGCAGCACUUAUAAAAAUAUCUCACAGAGGGAGAGAGUGACUGGCAAACAGACUCAGAAAGCACAGGUUAUUUGUGUAAAAGUAUGGAGAUAGGGCAAAAUUCAUAAAUACAUAACAAUUUUCUUUUUAUAGUAACAAUAUACUAUUUAAAAAACACUCAAGAUACAUUAUCUUCUAAACAGCUAGAAUUUAGUGCAGCUAAAUUACUCACUAGUCCAUAAUCAUCGCUGAAAGGAACCAUGUCUCUUUGACUCAUUGUUGUAUAUCCUCAGUGCCUUACACAGGUGCCAAGUAAAUAUUUGUAGAAUUAAACUGAGUCUUAACAAUUUAUCUACAAUUGCCAUUAUGAGUUUGAAAUUAUGAUUUUAUUCUGAUGUCUCAAAGUCCUUGACUGGCUGGUCACAACUCGCUACCUGAGUACUGUUGCUGUGGUUGGUUGCCCAGUCAGCUCUGACUCAGUGGCCCCAUAUGUCAGAAUAGAACUGCCACAUAGGGUUCUCUUGGCAGUAAUCUUAACGGAAGCAGAUUGCCAAGUCUUUCUCCUGUGGAGCCAGCGGGUGAGUUCUAACUGCCAACCUUUAGGUUAGCAGCAGAGCACUUAACCAUUGCUCCACCAGGGCUCCUUACUAAAUAUCUUAUUGUUAAAUAUUGUACCGAGUACUAAAUAUCUUAUUAUUAAAGCCUCAAAUAAUUGACCUGGUUUUGCACAACGUCCUUGCCUUUCUUUUUUUUUUAAAGUUUUUUGGAUUUUCUGGUUCCUCAAUAGAUUGUAUUUUUAUUGUUCCUGGUGGGAAAAAUAAUGCCUUUAAAGUUUCAAAAUUUACAUGAAUAGCAGUAAUAAUUUAUAUAAAUAUUUGCCAAAACAAGAUAAUUUUCAUAAUAUUUUAAGACUGUAUUUUCGUGACCUUCAAGAUACUUUGCCAGGGAAAUGAAGCUUGAAAAUUUACUUUUGUAGCACACUUUAAAAAUACUGUUGACUUGAAUUGUGUUAUGCAAAGGAUUUAUACAAUGUGCUCCCACUAUCAAUGUAUAGGUAAAAAACAUAUGUUUUUAGAUACCCCAAGUCUGUGACCAAGAUGGAGGUGACGGCUUCUUCCCUGAUCUAAUUUUUUUUUAACUCUUUUUCUUAGUAGUUGCUGUUUUUAAUUAUAGAUUUAGAAGUUAUAUUUUGCCAAGUACACAACAGGAAUAUCAGUACUGUAUGAAAAUGUAAAUACUCAGAACAAGCAAAAUUUGGUCUUAAAUUUCCUCAUUGGGCAGGCAUGGAAAAUCUAACUUGACUUUUGUAUAUAAUGUGAUCACAUUUUCUAAAUGGUUUUCUUUGUUUUUUAAAGGGUGAUUUGUAUUAGUGUUUACAUUCGUUUUUGGAAGAUUAUAUCUGUAUGUGUGUCAUCCUGGUGGUGUUGCUAUUUGCCAUAGAGUCAAUUCCUACUCCUGGCGUAUCAUCAUAAAAUUUUUAAAUAAAAAGGCUAUUUUAGAUUGAACCUUUUUGCG